AUGAGGGGCGCCGCCUCCAUCGUUGCACGACUGCGUGAACGGCUGCUAGUGGCGCCGAUGUCGCCGUCCACAGCGGCGGCAGUGUUGUGCAGCGAGCACCCCUGCGCGGACACCGGCGUCACCACACACUUGGUAAAAUGCCUGGAGGGCAACGGUGUUCUUCUGCCGCUGCCGGCGGUGUUAGCGCUGGUGCGUUGUGGGUACACCCAUGAGCCGGGCUCUGACCACCACGCGGCUCUGAGGAGUCAGUGGGGCCCGAUGGAAGAGACGCUCUUCACCGCGCUCUGGAUUCGCCUGCGGCGGCCGCGGGCGGAGGAGGACGCCGCGUGGGGCCAUGUGCUGGCGCCCCAUCCAGGCCUGGAGGCCACGGCGGGGCACGAGGGGUGUGGGCCGCAUUCGCCAAACGCACUGCUGCAGACACUGCGGCUCCUGGUGGAUGCCGCAGCUUUCGUCCACCACUCCUCACUCGCCUCAAAGGCGCUUCGGCUGCGUCUUUUGGCAGAUGCCGUCUCGCCUUCGAUGCGCCAUGUCGACAGGCUCUGGCGUUGCCUAAAUGAACUAGAUGCAGCUGUUUUCCUCACGCCGGAGCAGCUGCAUGAAAUAGGGCGGCUGGCGGGGAAGUGCCUGCGCUUGUAUGGGAAAUGUAUCCUCUCAUUUCACCACGUCCUGUCUGCGAUGUUGCUUGCAGGCACUUCGGCCUUGUCACAGACACUGCAGAGCAGCAACAGGGAUGGGGCAUGCGUCAAGGCUCCUGUGGUGCUGGAUGCAUUUUCCGAGAUGCGGGACUUCCUGGUGGGUCUGCUCAGUCGCGCAGCUUGUGAGAGAGAGUUCUGGACCGGGUCAAUAGAGCGCUGGAUGGAGGUGGCGUUGCAGCUCGCGGAGCGCUUUACAUCCGCGGCGGCGCCUCGAAUCAAACGCGUUGGCACUGAUGGGACCGCAGCGACGUUCCGCAUGCCUCGCGCCCUGCAUGCAGAGGCGAUGAAUGCGUUUUCGAUUCUGCUUGCAACUUAUCACCGCAGUGUUGCAACGGAGUUGGCGUCGGCGAGCAAUGCAGCGUCGCCGGCGAUGUAUGGUAGCAUCUUGGAGCGAGGCCUUGGCGUGUUGCGGCAGCUGCUGCUGCUGCAGCUGCAGCUGGUCUUGGGAGGCAACAGCGCCAAGGCGUUCUUGCCAUUGGAGCCCACCCACGGCAGUGACGCCGAGGACGGCGGUUUGUCGGUGCGGGCGUGGUGCGCUUGCUGCGAGGCGGCGCAGGUGCUGUAUGCACUCUCUUCUCUUUGUGAGAAAUGCGGCGUGGCUGCCAACGCGUGUGGAGACGCCGAAGUGCGCUCUGUACUUCUGCGUGAUGCCUUGCGCCGUCUCACUUGCGUGAGUGCCAGCGGCGCUGGCAACCACGCCGUGCUGCCAAUCACAUUUUACUUGACACUUGUGCGGAUACUGCGGGCGUGGCGAGGUGCGCCGAAUGCCGCGGAGUGCGUCUCCCCGACUGCGCUGUGGGAUGCCGCACGUGUCGCGUUGCCCGGCAGCCUCGCCGCCUCGCCGCCUCCUGUGCAGCAUGUGGUUUACCUGUUGGAGGAGCUCUGCAGCCGUAUGCUAUCCAGUGCCUCCGUGGCACCGAAGCCGUCAUCGCCCCGCGUGAGGAAGGAAACGACUGUGGUGCGAGUGGCUGUGCGCGCGAUGUGGGGUAACUGCCUGAGCCACAUGCACGACAGACUCAGACUGGGGAGCACUGUCCUCUUGGACGACGAAGCCGCCUUUGCCCGGGGCAUGUUGCACAUUGGCGCAGCAGCCAAUUGUGCGCAGGCGGGUGCUGUUGUUGGGCUGUUUGACGAACAUCCCUUCCUUCUUGGCCAACUCUGUGACACGUUGCUGCCUGUGGAACGCGGCAUGCGUCUUUGCUUUGAUGCCGUGAGGGAUCUGCAGGUGGAGGCGGGCAGCGACAGGAGGGCAGACGAGGGGGAGGAGGAUGAGGAGGCCGACUAUCGAGCGGUCCUUUCCGGCGGGGCGUAUUGGUUCGUGUGCGAGGCGUGCCUGAGGGGGCGGCUCUGGCACGAGACGGACGACGUCAUUGUGGGCGCCUCACGCGGCGUGUGCCACUGCGUGUUGCGUCGCCGCAGCGCCGCGGACGUUGUGGCCGCCUACGUGGAGUUCUUUGCUUCUCUGCUCCUGCACGGCAAGGCGAAGACGUGUGGGUCGGACCCGUUUGAAGAGCCCUUUGUUGCUUUGCAGUCGUUGUGUGCACGCGCGUCACCCCCUGCUGCGGCUGCUCUGGAUUGCAACAGAUCGAUCAACUCUUUGCAACAUGCGGGCGACGCGGCGCCCUCGUUCAGGGCUGCUGCCUCAUUUCUCAUUGAAUGCCAUCACCGGCUCCUCCUGCUUCCGCCAUGCGGUGUGUUGCCGUCGCAUGCGCGUCGAAUGCUGCGCGCCGUGUUUGCGGUGUCGCCACGUUUUUUUGCAUGUGUGCCGGAGCUUUCACAGUUUCUGCUGCGCCGACUCCUUAACGGCCCGCUGCCGGCGGCGGCGACGGCGAACACCGCUGCAGCCGCGGCUCCUGCGACGGGGAGCGCCGCCGCCUGCAGCGAGGCCGUGGAGGAGGAAGGCGCAUGUGCUCUCAUUGCGGUGGCGGAUCCACGUGAGCUGUGGGAGGUGCUUCUCUGGGCGUGCGCGGCGAAGAUCGCCCGGCUGGGCGUGUGCCUUCCAACUGACACGGAAGACCGCGGCGCCGAGCACGACUCUCCCCUUUUUUCGAGGGCCACCCCACCCGUUCGGUUGGACGACGACGCGGAGGAGCCGCUCCGCCUGCUGUACGGCACGAGUGAUGACGGCGGCGACGUCUUCUUCGCAGCAAGGCGGCAGGUGCUGCGGCGGGCGCUUCAGUUAUUGCAGGGCUGA